GGCCGUGCAGAGGAAAAAUACUCCAUUAUGCCAGUGUCACUGCCAAAAUUCUCGAACGACCGCAUUAUUGGAGGCAGACCCACCAGUAUACAACAGUACCCUUUUGUAGUCCAGAUUUUCUUGCCGGAUAGAUUCCUGUGCGGAGGUUCUCUUUUGACGCUGCGACAUGUGCUAUCUGCGGCUCAUUGUUUCGAAAAUACGCUUGGAAUCCUUAAAAACCCAAAACUAUUCACAGUUCAUGUCGGCGGAACAAAAUUAUAUGCAGGAACAGAACAUCAAGUAUCAGCCAUAGUACUCCACGAAAACUAUAAAUCUAAACAGCUUGCCUGGGGCUACGAUAUAUCAGUUCUUCUGCUCGAGACUGAUGUCACCUUGAGUUCCAAUGUCGCUACAGUCAAUAUACCGGAGGAAGGAGCUUCUGUGCCUGAUAAUGCCACAGUCAUAGUUGUAGGAUGGGGUACGACUAAUCCUAAUUCCAAACUCCCAUCAUAUAUUUUGAACGAGGUGGCAAUUAAAACGAUCAACUGGGAAAUAUGUGAGAAAAAUUAUGCAAUGGUGGAACGAGAGGCCACAUUCUUAAACCUCUUCAAAACCGACAUGAUGUGUGCUGGGAUUCAAGGUGUUGGAGGGAAAGAUGCUUGUUUUGGUGAUUCCGGUGGUCCUCUCCUCUACAAUGGGGUAGUGGUUGGGAUUACAUCAUGGGGUGUAGGAUGUGCGGAAGCACAAUAUCCCGGAGUAUUUACUAAGGUUUCCAAAUACACCAAUUGGAUUAUAUACACGAUACAACAUAUUAAUGGUACCAGCUCAGUGUACAGCAUUCGGGUGACUCUGGCCAUCCCCUUCUUGCUUUUAAUGAUCAGCGUAACUUCUCUAUGGGGACCAGCCACAAACUAAUCGAAAACACUAUUACAUAUUAUGUUAGAGAGGAGAGAUCAGGUUCUCAAUUUAUAUUUUUGGCUAAAAUCGUUUGUUAAGCAUGUAUGGCGUUUCUUGGUUAUUUUAUGGUAUUAGAAUUAUUUUGUACGUCAUUGGAUCGAUUAAAAUAAAAU